GUUGUAAAUCAAGGCAAGCAAAUUUUUCUGCUGUGCUAAAUUAUUAGGACAGCAAAAUAAGCAACAGCGGUGGCUAAUACUCAUCGACCGUUACGCUGCCUGUUUCUGAUACCGUCGAUUAUAUGUGGGUCUUAUCGGCCACACGGUUUUCAAUCAGUUUAUUGAUUACUCCUUUGUACAAUAUUACACCGGAUGCACAACCACAUUCUCACGUGGCCAAAUGUGCCGAACUCGAUGUUCUAUUUACCAACAUGGCGUUUUUUAUAUGGAUCUUCGCCGCAGCGAUUAUUGCCUAUUUUGUAUACGAUUCAUUUCGCAAAAGUCAGUACUGGCCGCGGAAAGGAAUCCCGACUUUGACACCGAUUCCACUUUUCGGAAGUUUAAUCGACGAAGUCGCGACGGGGCAAGGAGAAUUCGAUUUGAAAUGGACGAAAAAGUUGGGCCGCACGUUCGGGUAUUUCGACGGACCGACUCCAGUAUUAGUGACGUCCGAUCUGGAUAUGCUGAAGAACAUUAUGGUCAAGGACUUCACACAUUUUGCUAACCGGCGAGAUAUGGGACUUAACGGACCCAUCAUCGAGCUAGCUUUAAUAGAGCUCCGCGACCAACACUGGAAGGACAUGCGAGGUGUUUUGGUGCCAGCGUUUACUUCCGGAAAAUUAAAGCAGAUGAAUAGCUUGAUUCAAGAAUGCUGUAGUGAUUUGCUCAAAAACCUGGAAACGCUUGCAACGACUGGAGAAGAAUUUGCGGCAAAAGAAUUAUUUGGUCGGUUGACAUUGGACGUCAUCGCUACCGCGUUCUUCGGCACCAAAAUUAAUUCCCAAGAAGAACCAAACAGCGGAUUCGUCCGAAAUGCCCGGAAAGUCUUUGAUUUUUCCCGCGCUUAUGUGCCUCUUUUAUUUGCCGUGCUGUUUCCAAAACUCCAACCGCUGAUGCGACGCAUGGGAAUUCAGAAUAUCGAUAAGGCGGCUGUGCAGUUCUUCGUCGACAACACGGAACAGAUCAUCCGAUUGAGAAAAGAAUCCAAACAGACAAGACGAGAUUUUCUUCAAAUGAUGUUGAGCUCGCUAAAAUCUGAUACGCACGAAAAACCUGCCCAUCGCGAUACCACCACUGUGGUCCAUAACGACACCGAUGCCGAUGUUGCGUCAUCGGCCAUGGUCCUGAGUGGUACCCAGGACAAACCGCUCUCCCAUUCCAACUAUAAGCUCUCCAUGCUGGAACUGGCCGCGCAGUCCACCACCUUUUUCCUGGCCGGUUACGAAACGACUUCCACUGCUAUCACAUUUAUGGCGUACUGUAUGGCGGUGCAUCCGGAUAUUCAAGAGCGUCUGCGCGCCGAAGUACAGACCGUCUUGGCUGGUAAAGAUGUCAUCGAGUACGACGAUCUGGCGGCCAUGCACUACAUGGAUCAGUGUGUCAACGAGACGCUGCGAUUGUAUCCGCCCUUUUCGAGGACUGAUCGGCACUGUAACGAGGACUGGACGUACGACGGGGUGGAGUACAAGAAAGGGACGGUGAUCGGCGUGCCGAUUUUGGUGGUGCACCGGGACCCCGAGUACUGGCCGGAACCGGAAGUUUACAAUCCCGAAAGGUUUUCCAAAGAAAAUAAGGGUAACAUUAAACCGUAUUCCUUCCUGGCAUUCGGUCAAGGUCCACGUAAUUGCAUCGGGAUGAGAUUCGCUUAUUAUGAAAUCAAGAUGGUUAUGGCGAGUAUUCUGAAGAAAUACCGGAUCGUCCGCAGCCCCAAAACGCAGGUGCCGUUAGUCCUUAAAGACGAUAUUGUCUUCAUGUCGACCGAACGGGGCGUUUGGCUCAAAGUGGAGAAGCUGUAGCCGAACAGGCGUUAGUGACAUCUUCCUUCAAGAUGUUCAUCUGUUUUUUCGCAAAACCUGCUAUGCUUAGUGUAUGUUUAAUCAGCACUUUCAAAUGACAACUGUGGCGUUAAAAAGGAGGAAUGAAAUACAAACCUACAUAUGUAGUAUGUACU